UUGCAGGCUGCAGCCACACCCAGCCAGUCUGUCCUUCAUAGGCAAAGUUGACUCAUAAUAACAAACUGUAACAGGACACCUCCAGUCGGGACAAGAGAGAGAGCUGUGUCCACAAAUACCUUGCUACAGCUAAAAGAGAGACACGAUCAGACGGAGCUAUAGGAGAGUUUAUAUAUAAAGCAGCUAGAGAGACUAGACUUAAAGUUAGUCUACAGUCAACAUGGGGUUUGGUUUGAGGGUCGGUGUUUUACUUUUUCUACUUGUUGCUGGAACAUCACAAGACGACCCAUUUGACCUGUCCGAUGCUCUCGAUGGUCUAGUGCCGGCGACAACUGCAAAGCCCAAAGAGGUACCAAAGGCCCCAGAGAAGCCUAAAACUGAUGGUGGUGACGGCGGACUUGAUUUGCUCGAUGCUUUCGGUCCAGAUCCGACCACACCUGCAAAGCCCAAAGAGGUACCGAAGGUCCCAGAGAAGCCUAAAACUGAUGGUGGUGACGGAUUUGAUUUGGGGGAUGCUCUCGGUCCAGGCCCUGAUCCCAAACCUGACAAACCCGCUGUCAACCCAGGAGGAGGAGGAGGAGGAGGAGGAGGAGGAGGUGGAGGAGAUUUUAGUGACCUCGACUUAGUAGGUGGGAAACUCGACCCUGACACAGGCCACGGAGGAAGAGGUGGACCAGACCCCGGCUACAACCCUCAAGAUGGUGCUGACCAGCCUCAAGAAGCUGGAGCUGGGAAGAUGGCAGGAAUCGUCAGCGCCAUAGGAGUCGCUCUGCUGGGAGCAGCGUCCAGUUACUUUGCCUACCAGAAGAAGAAGCUCUGCUUCAAGAUGCAAGGAGGUCAAGAUCCAGAGAGGGGUAAAGUCCAGCAUGGCCAGCAGAAUGAUCUUCAAGUUUUCAGCAACCUGCUCAAGACAUCCUAGACACCUUCUGCACCCAGGACUACGUCAAUGUCUCCUCCUCUACACAUCCCUACUCCAUUCAGCUUUUUGGUCUCUCUAUUCAAAUCUAUUAUCCAACUUGGAAAACUAUAAACCGAAAACACCGUUAGCUGUGUAUCAUUUAUCUUUCCUUGACUUUGAACCCAUCCUAGCUUUUUUAACUCUUAUACUAUGUCAAACUAAACACGUAUUUGUUACUAUAGUUGUUCCAUGGGUGUGGAUCACUGCACUGUAAGACUCUAAUAAGGUUUUAGUUAGUUAGUUAGUUAGUUAAUUUCUUUCCGUUUAACCACCUACCUAACAUUCUCACGUUAAAGGAGGUAUUUAAUUAAGGAGAAGUAGCGAGGCCAGCCUGAACUCAUACUGAAGGCCAUACAGUACAACCACUGAGCACAGGUGGACUCACCUGUACUUUUCAUCACAACUUCCAUUCACUAAUUAACCCCAUCAAGACCUUUCUCCCAGCAGACAUUUAGACCCGUCGUAGUAGGAGCAGCACAGAUGUAAGCCUGUAAUCUCACAUUAAGGAUGGCUCAGUUCAAGUUUAAUGGGAUUAAACACACCUGUGCUUCUCCUACUAUGACAUAAAAAAAAGGCCGGUCGCUUCUACUUUGCUGUUUAAUCAGUCUCUGUUCUGUUCAGUGGUUUGUGUGACAUGACGUACAUGUUCAUGGACAGCGCACAAAUGACUAAAACCUGGUACAAUAUACUCAUAUAAGGGGUGAAAUAAAUAAAUUACAGUUAUCAGGGGUGCAAACUUACGUAUACGUCUCAUCCAAAUCAUCCGCGAGUUGGCAUAGUAACACAUUUUCUGUUGUGUCAUCAAUUUACGGCGGAGUGUUAAAAAAAUCUGAGAUUUCCAGAAUAAAGUCAUAAUAUUACGAGCAAAAAAUGUCGUAAUAUUACGAGAAUAAAGUCAUAACUUUAGGAUAAAAAAAGUAGUAAUAUUACGAGAAUAAAGUCAUAACUUUACGAGAAAAAAAGUCGAGGGAAACUGACUCUUUCGUAAAUUUUUGAAUUUAUUCUCGUAAUAUUACGACUUUUUUUCUCGUAAAUUUAUGACUUUAUUCUUGUAAUAUUAGCACUUUUUUCUCCUGAAGUUAUGACUUUAUUCUCGUAAUAUUACCAUUUUUUCUCUUAAAUUUAUGAAACUUAUUCUCGUAAUCUCAGAAUUAUUUUUUUUCCUCAAUGUGGCCUUUGUUUUGGGCCAUCACCAGUUUGCACCCCUGGUUGUCCUACAGUAUGUACAGCACAACAUGAGGACGUUGUAUUAACAUAAUCAUCAUGUAGCUGGAUGGAAGUCCAGCAGAAGGAGCUUUUUGAAUAUAAAACGCUGAUUGUGAUGUGAGCUAACGGAGGUUAUGGAACCCAAAGGAGAAACAUGCAGUUUGGUGGCGUGGCGUUGUGAGCGACAUCUUUCCUAUCACAUACUGUAUGUAAAUGUAACAUGUAAUGUAUACAGUAUAGAAGCAUCAGCUCUUUGUCUGUCGUCGUGUUCCAGAUUGAUCCCAAGUUUGUGCACUGCAAAAAUGAAUUCAGUCUGAAUUUGAUUCCUUAAAGUGUUAUUUUGUUAAAGCUGCACCGAUUGAAAUCUAUUAUAUUAUAAAUGAAUGAAAUGACGACGUAUAAUGUGGGAGACAAUUCGCCUCUUUUAGCUCAUUGUUUUCCUUUUACAGCCAACUGUUUGUGUCAAAGUAAGCAACUAGCUGGUGAACACACAGGAGCAUUUAGAAACUAGAGGAAGAAGAAACUUUAUUAAUUCAUUAAUUCAUCAGGUGACACAAACAAUGUCCCCCUAUCCCCUUAGGGAUCUAAAAGAAUGAAUGCAGCUUUAAAACAAGCCGUCUUCUUGAAACAAGAUGAUUUUAGUUGGAACAAGUUGAGAUAUUUUCUACGACGAGAUUUAGGAGGAAAAAAAAA